AUGCAAAUAGUGUUCACCAUCAAUGGGAAGGUGCAUAAAGCGAACAGCGCAACCGUCCCAAUCGAUACCUCGCUCGGCACUUAUCUGCGCUACCAUGCACAGCUUAAGGGUACCAAAUUUAUGUGUCGCGAGGGCGGUUGUGGUGCCUGCAUCGUCAACGUUAGCAGCCAGCAUCCCGUUACGAAGGAUAUCAUAUCACGGGCGGUGAACUCGUGUCUAUUUCCACUGUUCUCCUGCAAUGGAUUGGAUAUCGUUACGAUCGAGGGUAUCGGUAACAAGCUGGAUGGGUACCAUGCUACCCAAAAGCGUCUGGCACACUUCAACGGGACCCAGUGUGGUUUCUGUUCACCCGGCAUGGUCAUGAACAUGUACAGCUUGUUGGAAGCGAAGCAGGGAAAGGUUACAAUGGAGGAGGUUGAGAAUUCGUUCGGUGGCAAUAUCUGUCGCUGCACCGGCUACCGCCCGAUUCUAGAUGCGUUCAAAUCGUUAGCGGUUGACGCAGAUCCGAAACUGCUGGAUGCCUGUCAGGAUAUCGAGGACGUUCCAAGGAUUUGCCCAAAGAGUCAGCAUGGAAAGCCCUGCACAGGCAAGUGCUCGAUGGCAGCCCAAUGUGAGGAAGCGAACGAUAUCCACUUGCUGUUUACUGAAGGCCGAGAGUGGUAUAAGGUAGAGAACGUGCAGGCAAUCUUUCGGAUUUUCGAUAACAUAGAAUCCCGUCCGUACAUGCUGAUUGCUGGCAACACUGCCACUGGUGUAUAUCGACGACCGGAAAACCUGGAGGUAUUCAUCGACAUCACCUCGGUGGCUGAUCUACGAGUAAACUACUUUAACGAUGCGUUGAUCAUCGGAGCCAACGUUACGCUGACCGAACUGAUGGCCAUCCUGAGUGAGGCAACCGCUUCAAACGGGUAUGAGUACUGUCGCGAAAUGGUCAAACAUCUCGAUCUGAUCGCUAACGUACCGGUGCGCAAUGCGGGUACUAUCGCUGGCAAUCUAAGCAUUAAGCACCAGUACCGCGAUUUCCCUUCCGAUGUGUAUCUACUACUCGAGGGUGUUGGUGCACGUUUAACAAUUGCCACUUCAACGACCUCUACGAAAGUUGUCACGGUGGAGGAAUAUCUGUCGAUGAAUAUGAACAAACGCAUCAUACUGAACAUUUUACUUUACCCGCUCGAUCCCAACCAAUACUCCUUACGCACCUACAAAGUGAUGCCCCGAGCACAAAAUGCACACGCAUACGUUAAUGCGGUGUUUCUGCUGCAAUUCCAAGAUUCUGGCCUACUGCGUACUGCUUCCAUCUGCUACGGCGGCAUCAAUCCGGGUUUUACCCAUGCUGUUCAGCUUGAGAGUUUUCUCGCCGGUAAAGAUAUCUUCCAAGAAGCCGUCUUCGGUGAGACAUUAGAGCUGCUCAACAAUACGAUAUCACCGAAUCAUGUUCUACCGGACGCAAUCCCACAAUAUCGGAAGCAUCUUGCAAUGACGCUGUACUACCGAGCGAUACUAAGCAUCGCUGGAGAUCGUGGCGUUCAACUCAACGCACUGUACUCGAGUGGUUCGCAGCUGUCUAAGCGCAUGCUUUCAAGCGGUGAACAAUCGUAUGAGACCAUACAAGCGAACUGGCCAGUAACGAAACACAUGCCCAAAGUGGAAGGACUGUCUCAAACAGCCGGAGAAGUAGACUACACCGACGACAUUCCGAAUCUUCCCGGGCAGCUGUUCGGCGCUUUCGUACUGGCCACAAAACCACGCACCAAUAUUCUCCGCAUAGACGCAACGGAGGCACUCGCGCGCACAGGAGUGGCUGCGUUCUAUUCAGCGCAGGACAUACCCGGCAUUAACAACUUUAUGCCGGUGGAACUGGACAAUAAGGAAGUGGAGGAAAUAUUCUGCAGCGAUCGUGUACUGUACCACGGCCAGCCGCUUGGUAUUAUUCUCGCCGAAACAUACGACGAAGCGUACCGAGCAGCUAAACUGGUGAAAGUGGAGUACGGUCCACCGGAUGGUCAACCCAUUCUACCUACAGUCAAAGACGUCAUCAGAGCUGGUCACACCGAGCGCAUACGUCUUAGCGAUGAGAUGCAGGUUGGGGAACGCUACGGUGCCGGUAGUGGAUCAAUCCGACUGGAGGGCAGCUUUGAUCUGCCAAGUCAGUUCCAUCUCUCCAUGGAAUCACAACAGUGCAUAUGCGUACCGAUCGAUGAUGGCAUGGACGUGUACAGCGCGACACAGUGGGUCGAUAUCUGCCAGAUUGCGAUCGCACGUGCUUUGCAGAUCCCGGAAAACAGUCUCAACUUCCGCAUCCGACGCUUGGGUGGAGCGUUUGGAUCGAAAAUUUCACGAGCAUCACAGGUCGCCUGUGCCUGUGCCAUUGCGGCACAUUUCUCGCAACGGCCAGUACGUUUGAUCAUGUCACUGGAAGAUAAUAUGGCUGCGAUCGGGAAGCGUUCGGCUUGCGUCAGUCGGUACGAGAUGGAGGUUAACGAACGCGGUCAAGUGCAACGAUUGCUCAACAAAUUUUAUCAGGACGCUGGAUGCAGCUUUAACGAUCCAGUAGAGAAAGUCACAUUUAUGUUUUAUCGCAAUUGUUACGACACGAACUGCUGGAAGGUAGUGGGACACAGCGUGCUGACGGAAGCACCCGGCACUACGUACUGUCGAGGUCCGGGUACCAACGAGGGAAUCAGUAUGGCGGAAAACAUGAUGGAGCAUAUUGCGCAUCGACUUGCACUAGACCCGCUGACGGUACGAAUGGAAAACCUCCCCGAAGACAGUAAGAUGCGAGAGUUACUGCCAAUGUUUGAGGAGGACGUCCAGUACAAAGAUCGCCGAAUUGCGAUUUCUCAAUUCAACGAAUCCAACCGUUGGAUCAAGCGAGGUAUUGCAAUCGUACCGAUGAGAUAUCCACAGUACUUUAUGGGUUCGUUACACGCACUGGUUUCGAUCUACCAUGCAGAUGGAACCGUUGCCAUUACUACAGGUGGUAUCGAUAUGGGGCAGGGUGUAAACACCAAAGUUACACAGGUUGCCGCCCGUGCCCUGGGCAUUCCGACGAGUAUGAUCCGGGUAAAAGCCAUGGCUAACAUUACCUCACCGAACGCGAUCGUAUCCGGAGGCAGUAUGACAAGCGAUUCCGCUUGCUACGCCGUACAGAAGGCUUGCGAGAUCUUACGUCACCGUAUCGAUCCUGUCCGAGAGAAGCAUCCCGAUGACUCGUGGGAAGCCAUCACGCAACGAUGUCACCAGCAGCAUGUCGAUCUCUGUGCACUCUAUCAGUACAAGAUGACCGAAGUGCAACACUACGUCGUGUGGGGAUUAGCGUGUUCCGAGCUGGAGGUUGAUAUUCUAACCGGCAACGUCCAGAUUCGUCGUGUCGACAUACUGGAAGACGUUGGCGAGAGCAUCAGUCCUGGCAUCGAUAUCGGCCAGAUCGAGGGUGCGUUUGUGAUGGGGAUUGGACUGUACUUUACGGAGCAACUUGUCUACAGCGGAGAGUCCGGACAGCUGCUAACUAACCGCUCCUGGAACUACAAACCACCAGGUGCAAAGGACAUCCCGGUGGACUUUCGUGUCAAGUUUCUACAGCGAACACACAACGAAAAGUUUGUUCUGCGUUCCAAAACAACCGGAGAACCAGCGCUCAAUCUGACCGUUUCGUUGCUAUUUGCCCUACGCAUGGCAUUGAAUUCGGCACGCAAGCAGGCGGGUCUUUCCGACGAAUGGUAUCCGAUCGACAUACCAGCGACACCCGAACAAAUAUGUCUGCUCGCAGGAAGCACCAUCGACCAAUUUAAAUUAACAUAAUUUUCGUAAUACAAUGCAUACGUAUCGCAUAUUAUCAGAAUUGCUAUUUGGAACCCAAUUGGUAUUAGGUUUAUCUUUCCUUUAGUUAUCAUAACUUGCUUCAGUUCUGCGAGCUAUAUAUUAUAAUCCUUUAGAUUUAAAUAUUACAUUCACUAUACCAUGAUACCCAUUAAAGCAAUUAAAAUAAAUGUUUUCGCAAGCAUGUAUUGAAAUUGUAUUAUACA